AUGGAGGUCAAUAAGCAAAAUGAACAUGUUCCUGCUGAGGUAGUGAAUCACAAUGUUGUGAGGAAUGUUGAUAAUAUGAGGGAAAAGGUUUUUAUUCAGGUGGGAAAUAAUCAAAAAGGUGGGGAUGGUAUGGGUGAAAAUAUUGAGGAGAAUCAAUUGAGUCAGGAUGAUGAGGGGAGGGUGGAUCAGUUGAUAACUGUGGGUGAGAUGCAAAUGUUAUCUGUUGGUAAUUCUGAUAGAGCUGGUGGUGGUGAAAUUUGUGGUUUAAAUAAAAAGGAUUCUCUUCUUUCUGGAGGUUCUUUUUAUGAAAAUCAUCAUUAUGUUACAAGAGUGGGUGUAAAUGGAAUUAUGGAUGAUGAAACAGGGAUAGUAAGGAGGACUGAUCCGCCUGAUAAAGGAUAUUGGUCUGAUGAUGGAUGUUUGCUAAGAAGAAGUAAGUCCAGGGGUUAUCUGAGGUAUGUUGAUGAUGAUCAGGUUUCAGAGUCUGAUUAUUUGGACGUAGGCUCUCUGGAUUUAUCUGAUAGGCAGAGGCCAAGAGGUAAUUCCUUUAAUUUUUAA